AUGAAGGGAGGGAGGAUGGUCUACCACCUAGAGGACGAGGCCGGAGGACCACGAGUGAGGAGGUUUCGCUUUCCCAGCGACGAGGAGGGGGCUUACCCCCUAGAGGACGAGGCCGGGGCCAAGAGCGAGGAGGAGGAGCUCGAGCCACAGGGGAGCUCAAAGUCGAUCUGGACUCGGGGAAUAGCGGGUCUCCCAAAAGUACCAGCUAAUGAUGAUGAGAAAACCCUCAUUAAGCCGAAUAACAAAGACAAUUGGUCAUUUGUUGGUACACGGGGCCGCCUUCCAAAUGGUGUGCUUGGAGUCUUGCUGAAGAAGUAUUGGCCGGGGCUCUACAGGUUGAAGCCGCCAGAUGAAACAUGCCGGGACAAGAAGCUAGCCCUUAAAUGGGAGGACUAUGAAGCUGCUCAUGACGAGAGCUUCGGGACCUGUGCGAAUGCUGUGAUCACCAAUUUUUGGGUCUUUUAUAAAGUGCCGACGGAGGAUAGUACCAAGGCGGGCCAGGUCUUGGUGAAUGCCGCGAGGAAGAUGGUACGCCAGCAGCGGUACGAUGCGCGCAUUGUGGCCAUCUCGCACUUCUACGCCGAACAAGGCAAAAGGGUCCUGAAGAAAGAAAUUGUUGAAAAAUGUCUUACAUUGUCGAAGGAGGAGUUCAUGGGCAUUGCUCCCAAAUGGGUCGAUGGACGAGACGAUGGAUGGGCGGCGUUCGUGGACUUGUGGGUCGGGGAAGAUGCAGAGUUCAUGGGGAUCAGCUACGCCAACCAGGAGAAAGUUCAUGGGAAGCCGCUUACUAAGUUAGGAGCCUGGAAGAUGUCGCAUAAGAAGAUGAAGGUCGACAAACCUGGAGAGGAGCAAUACUAUGGUAAGUCUGGCACAUACUUGCAAAAUUACGCGACGGCGUUCAAAAAACUACAUGGGGAGGAUUCUCAGCCCCUUGAGGAGGAGGUCGACGAGACGGUGGUGAUCGUGUCAGGGCUCGGCAAGCGGCAUGGCCGCCAUCAGAUUCUUGAUGGGGUGAUCGCGCCUACCACCACACUCACACAAGUUCGAGCUUCUAGCAUGAGCAGCAGUCAGUUGAUCCCACCUCGUCCACGGCCCGGUGGAUCUAGGCAGGCCUUCGAUACUUCUCUGGACGAGGCAUACAAUAGGCUCUAUGAGAGUUAUGAGGAGAAGCUUGAGGAGUACGUGAAGUCGGUUGAAGCCCACGAUGCGUACCAGGCCAGCCAUAAUGCGGCGGUGAUGGCGUAUAUUACUACUGGAGUUCAGCCAACUAUGGGAUCUCCGCCACGAGAGAAGAAUUCCUCGCCUCAGGAAUUCCGGUAA